AUGCUGCCUACUCUCUACCAGCUGCCGUUCGUGCCGAUGCUGCUCAUGUCCUUUGCAGCGCAUUUCUUGCGAGGACAAUGGAUGCUGCUGCUGCUCAUGCGCCACUGGUCAAUCGUCAUUCGUGUGUUCUACUUGACCUUGACUACUGUCAGUAUCUGGGAAUUGGCGGAGAGCGUGUUUGACUUCACUGUACCGGAGGUACAUUUCAUCUGGGUUUCUGCGCAUACAGCUGACACCCGCCUCGCAUUGGUCUCUGGUAUCAUGUCUAUGGUCGCGUACCUCAAAACUUCCCAUACGCCGAGCUGCGCAACCCUCCACCCUCCUCUCAGGACACUCCUCCUCUGCACCUCGGUCAUCAAGACUGCGCAGUCCUCCCGGUUCCAUGCCUCGCUCAACGUGCUCGCCUCGGACGGCUCCUUGGCCACUGCGGUGUCUGAGACAGCUGAAGCCGGAGCGUUGCAACUCCUGGAGCUCUCCCACUCUGUGCUGCCAUCGACCCCGUCGGCCUAUGCAAGCGCGAUGAUCAAGAUGGCAAAGAAGGCAGAGGAGAGCAUUGUGCGGGUUAUCAGUGAGACUAAGGGCAUUUGGUGCGAGGGUGUCGAGAAGAUAGUCCUGUGA